AUGUCAGUUGAGCAGGUGUCAAACACUCCAAUAUCUAACGAUUCCUUAAACAGAAAACAACAAAAACGUCGAAAUGUUUCUGGAAAACAGAAACGAAUUUCUAGAAAAAUGCUCUGGGACAUCAACCAAAUCAAAGCCUUCAUAAAAAGACGAGACAAAUUGAUGCUCCAGAACAUUCGAAAUCAGGAAGGAAAAAACAAUUUUGAGGAAAUCAAGAAAAGAAUCGAUGGGUUGGAAGAAUAUAUGCAAACAGAACUCCGCUCAUUGCCAAAUCAAGGACAUCAAAUGUAUCAGUUUAUUGAAGUUCCUAUUUCAAUUGAUCAAAUGACAGCAGCAUUCGAUGUUUGGAAAAAUGAAUUUUUUGCGGAUUUCAGAGAAAUGUGCGAGCAAUUGAGAAGAAACAUAAUGGAAGAUAAGAAGACUUACGAGGAAUUUAUGGGAAAAGCAAGUCGUGAUAUUAUGGCUAUGGGAAAUGUAAUUCAUGAAAUCGAAAAAGUUAUUUUAAAUUCACAAAACUAUAACAAAAAUCAAACGAAAAACACCGAAGCGCGAAAAACAACAACAAUUGCACAAACAACAGUCAAUGUUCUUCGGCUUGAAACAGUAAAAUCAGAAAGCACAACAGAAUCACCCCAAUUUGAAAUUGUUCCAACCGAAAUAGUCCCUGUUAGUAUGGCAAUACUUGUUGAAUUCGAAGAAAAAAUGAAUAGAGUUCGUCAAGAUAUAUUGGAUGUGGAGAAACGAAUUAUGAAUGUAUUUCGAGAAUUUGAAGAUAAUUUCAUUGAAAGCACCAGAGAAAACAAUCAUCCUUCUACUUCGACUUUGACAAAAAAACUAUCACAUUCAGUGGGAGAAUCAGAACAAGUGAAGUCUGAAAAAUAUGCUACAAAAUUGGAACUCCAAGAUGUUGUCAAUUAUGUUGCACAACGCAUUUCAUCAGUUCAAGCUGAGCAGGAAAUAAAACUCAAGGACAAAGCUUCAAAAUCAAAUUUGGCAGAAGUGCAGACAACGUUAGAAAUGUCUUUGAAAAAAUCGCAAGACAAAAAUCAGAAACGCUUUCGUGUAGCUGAAAACCAAACAUUGAAUUUGGAAUUAUGUGGGUGAAUUAUUUAAAACUAUUUUAAUACCUAAUUGAUGUUUUUGUAGAUAUUAGAAGAAACUUUCCGAAUUGGAACUGCUUGCAGACUACCAUUGUUAGUAUGAUGACAAUGAUGAAUAGACCAACAUUAGAAAACAUUUCCACCCAACCAACAUUUCCAAAUAUACUCUUGGAAAAUCUUCCGGGGUAAGAUAAAUUUGUAUUAUUGUCUUAAACUAUUGUCAUUUUCAGAACCUCCUCUCUUCCAAUGCUUCCACCACCAAUCAUCCAAACUCCAAAUGCAAACAAUCAUGAAGAAGCUGUAAACGAUAAUAGCGUUCCUGAUUCAAAAUAA